UUCCGCCGGACGCGCUGGCUCCGGGCAGAUGGAGGCGGCGCGGAGGUCGCGGCUGAGCCUGAGCCGCCGGAGGCCGCCCUCGGGGGUCGGGUCCCCGAGCAACCCCCCCGGUUCCCCUCCGGACGGCGGCGAGUGUGCGCGGCCGUGGGCUGAGGUGCUGCGCGCCGCGAGUGCGGACCUGAACGUGGACGGCGAGCCGCCGCCGCUGCCCGCGUUCCCCGGCCAGGAGCCCAGGCGCAGCCCUGAGCGGGCGCCCCCGGAAAGCUUCACCGUGGGAACAGAGACCUUCUCCUGGACGCCCUUCCCGCCGGCCCCGCGGCGAGGCGGGGACCCGAGCCACUCCGACCGGGUGCUCCGCGAGGCCCUGGGGCGCACGGGGUCCUCCGCCUGGUCCCCCCAACGACACUCCGCGCCCGAGCCCCGCGGGACCUCCAGCGCCGAGGAGCAGCCGUCCGUGGAGGGGUCGCCGACACUGCAGAGCUGCCCCAUGUGCCAGGCCGACUUCGCCCCCAGGCUGACCCAGCUGGACGUUGACAGCCACCUGGCCCGGUGCCUGGCGGAGAGCGCGGACGACGCGGUGUGGUGAGCAGCGAGGCCCACGCUUCCCCUCCACCGGCUGGGCCGCCUCCCCUCUGCUCUGCACCCCCAAAGCUGUAUAUUAAAGCGCGUCAGUGGGAGGUGUUCACGUCCCAUCUCUUUGUGUUGAGGCCAGAACACUGGGUCCUUUUUCCUUUUUGGCUGAUGCCGAGCAGCGUGAUGACUGAAGUGGACAGGGCCACUCGGCAGACAGCAGCCCCAGGCAGGUGACAGAGACAGUGCCACCGCUCAGCAGACAGCAGCCCCAGGCAGGUGACAGAGACAGUGCCACCGCUCGGCAGACAGCAGCCCCAGGCAGGUGACAGAGACAGUGCCACCGCUCGGCAGACAGCAGCCCCAGGCAGGUGACAGAGACAGUGCCACCGCUUAGCAGACAGCAGCCCCAGGCAGGUGACAGAGACAGUCACCAGCAGUUUGGCUAUUUGUACCUGAGUUGGCACAAGAACAGAACUUUUGCUCACCCCUCGGACUCGGCUCACAUUUCACGACAGUGUUUGAACCCCCCUGGGGAACCUGCUCCUUCCGCAGCUGCAGGUUACUGCCAGCAGGGAAGACACUGUCGCUGGUGCCUGUCAUCACCCGCAGGGGUUCAGAGCAGCUCCCCUCAAGUCGUGAGUUCACGGGGAGGGACCAGGCCCGCCUGCCGACAUCCUGUGUGAGCUGUGUCUUGUUCAGGCUCUCAGUGCCCGUGGGAAGCAGGGCCAGAGAGCGUGUGCAGGUAGUUUUCCUUCCGGUGCUGUUGGCCCACAGGUCCUGGAAGAGCCUCGUCUCCAGCACAGCCACGGCGGCGGCAGCACUGGCGGGGGGCGGGGGGUAGGAUGCGGAAGUCAAAGGUUAACUCCCAGAAGUUGGUAUUUUCCUUUCAAAAAUGGCUUCAGACGAGCCAUGAAAAGACACAGAGGAAGGUUCAGUGCACAUUUCUCAGUGAAAGACACCAAUGUGAAAAGGCUACACGUUGUGUGAUUCCAACUCUAGGACAUUCUAGGACAGGCAAAAGCCAUGGAGACGGUAAAAAGAUCAGUGGUCACCAGGGGUUAAUGGGGAGGGGGCAUAAAUAGGCAGAGCACAGAGGAUUGUUAGGGCAGGAAAAUACUCUGAACUACAAGGGUGGAUACGCAAUACACGUAUCAAGCCUGGGUCCAAACCCACAGAAUGUACCGCUCCCAGGCGACACUGCCAGCUGAUGCAGCAGAGCAGGUUCUUCUUUUGUAGCAAAUGCACCCUCUACAGGGAUGCUGGGAGAGGGAGGCGGGGGGGGGGGCACAUGGGAACUCUCUGUACCUUACCCUCACUUUUGCUGCGAACCUA